ACCAAACAAAAAAUUAAAAAAUAUCCGUUAAGAGUGCCUUUUGAGUGUAUUGAUUUGAUGUUUUAAUAGUUUUUACGAUUAUUUAUUAAUAAUUAAGUUAUAAAAUGUCGACAUUUGAUUUAAAAUCGUUCAGUUCUGCUUUAAACGAAACAAACAAAGUACAAAGUGGUGUUGAUUUCACUGGAAAAUCGCUUAAAUUGGACACUGAGAAAGAUGCCAAAGACAUUGUAGCAGCCAUCUCAGCAUGCCCCGACCUGUAUUACCUGACGCUGACGGGCAACACACUUGGCGUGGCUGCGGCUGAAGCCAUCGCCAAGGCCCUGGAGUCCCACCCUGAGCUGAAAGUGGCCCGCUGGUCAGAUAUGUUCACUGGGCGGAUGAAGACGGAGAUUCCGCCUGCUCUAAAAGCGCUUGGAGACGGUAUGAUUGCCGCUGGCGCCCGUCUCAAAGUCCUGGACCUGAGCGACAACGCUUUCGGCCCCAUCGGCGUCGAGGGCCUCGCUAAGCUGCUGCAGAGUGAAGUCUGCUCUGAGCUGGAGGAGCUCCGCCUAAACAACAACGGUCUGGGCAUCACGGGAGCCCGGCUGCUAGCCAAGGCGCUGUGUUCGCGGCCCCCCAAGCUGCGAGUGUUCAUAGCCGGCAGGAACCGGCUCGAGAAUGAUGGCGCCACUGCUCUGGCGAAAGUCUUCGAGAAAAUGGGAUCCCUCGAGGAAGUAGCGAUGCCACAGAACGGAAUAUACCAUGUUGGUAUAUCGGCUCUGUCGCAGGCCUUCAAGCAGAACCCACAGCUGAGCUGUCUCAACCUUAACGACAACACCAUCGGGCCUAAAGGGGCUGAGGCCGUCGCAGAAGCCCUGCCCAGAUUAAAAAACCUAAAAGCGAUCAACUUCGGCGACUGCCUGCUCAAGAGUAAAGGCGCGCGGACACUCGCCAAAGCAUUCAAAGACAACUCUACACUCUUAGAGUGCCUAGAUCUGAGCCACAAUGAGAUCGGUCGCGCGGCAUGCAAAGAGCUGGUGGACGCCAUCACGGUACUACCAGACAGCGGCGAGCGGCUGUCACGCGUUGUUCUAGCUGGCAACAGCCUUGGGAACGCGGCGAGUAAAAAGAGUAUGAAGGCGCAACUCGGGACCGCCGGAGAACUCACAGACGACGAAGGGGAGAGCGGAGACGAGGACGACGAUGAUGAUGAUGACGAAGGCACAGAAUCAGAAGAAGAAUCAGACGGAGAGUCCCAAGACGAAGAAAACACAGAGGAUAGCGCAACAGAAGACGCGCAACACAGCGUCAACACGACGGCGACAAGCAACAACAUCACUUUGGAUACAUCAGGCAUGGAGGAAGUGCGGAACGACGUAGAACGUUUCCUAAAAGAGCCCACGCUAGAGAACCUGGAACGACUAGGUUCGAACCCGGUGGAUGUCAUCGAAGCACACAUAGAGUCCAUACAAGACACAGAUGAGCUCCUAACCCUGUACGUGAACGCGACGCUAUCCGUCGCCGGCCUGUCUCUCAACAGCGACAAGGCUGGCGACGCGGCGCAGCAACUGUUCGCGAGGACUAUAGCUGCUGCUAACAAAAGGGCCGCUAGCUGGCCGCUCACUGAGAGGCUCUUAAGAGGACUGGCGCUUAUAAAGAACAGCGAUAUAGCUGGCGACGCGGCGCAGCAACUGUUCGCGAGGACUAUAGCGGCUGCUAACAAAAGGGCGGCUAGCUGGCCGCUCACUGAGAGGCUUUUAAGAGGACUGGCGCUUAUAAAGUCGGAGGAGAAGGCCCCGAUCCGCUGGCACCUCCCGGGCUGCUACGCCAGCCUCGCCCGCGCCCUCCCACAGCAGUUCCCGGCCGCACUCCGCAGCACACUACGCUUCUUCAUCGGCGCCAAGCUGGCCAACCUGCCUACAGAGCUGCGAGAGUCUCUACAGCAACACCCUGUGCUGUUACACGAGUAAUAUACGAG